GGCAACGCUGUGUGAAAGUCCUCGAACCGAGAGCUCACUGACAGCUGCGUGCCUAACGCCGACCAGGGAGGAUGGUGGCGACUGAGACGAUCCUCGAACUGAGGAACAUUUCACACUCGGGCCAGGUUGGGCAGAGUUCCCUGACACAGAGGCUGUUCGGAAACGUCGAGACGGGCCUCAUCCUCAAAGACGUGACCCUCGAGGUGAAAUCCGGCGAGGUGUUCGCCGUCCUCGGUUCGAAAGGGAGCGGUAAAAGGGCUUUACUCGACGUCGUGUCAAGAAGGGCACGAGGCGCGACACGGGGCCAGAUCCUGUUCGAGAGGAGCCCCCUCACCCUGAGCGUGUUCCAGAAAUGCUGCGGCUACGUCACCAACAGAACAGACCUCAUACCAUCGCUCAACACGGAGCAGACGCUCUACUACGCGGCGAACCUCAGCUCGGGCGAAAAGGUGUCGAGGUACACGUGUUCGACCCGGGUGAGACAGAUGCUCGCAGACCUGGCACUCAAUCAGGUGGCACACCAUUCCGUCACAUCGCUCAACAAAAGCCAGAGGAGGAGGCUCGUCAUCGGCAUCCAACUCAUCAAAGACCCCACACUGCUUUUGUUGGAUGAGCCUACAGCAGACCUGGACCCUCUAUCGACUUACUUAGUAGUCUCUAUACUCUCUUCUUACGCAAGGCGUAGGGGCAGAGCGGUCGUACUGACCAUGGAGAAGCCUAGGUCGGACGUCUUCCCUUUCCUGGACCGUGCAGCUUUCCUCUGCUUAGGAGACAUCCUCUACGCCGGCCCGACCCGUCUCAUGCUCGAGUACUUCAACUCGAUCGGAUUCCCUUGUCCGGCGACGGAAAACCCUCUCAUGUACUACCUCUGUCUUUCGACGGUCGAUCGUAGAAGCAGGGAACGUUUCAUGGAGUCACACGCCCAUAUAGUCGAGCUGGUCGACAAGUUCAAAGCUGUCGGAGCUUCGUACCUCACCGGUCAGACCAACGUCCCUUCGACCAUCAAGUCUGAGUUCAAACCGGCAAAGCCCAAUUGUUUCCAGGUCUCGGCCACUUUGUACCAGAGACUUUUGGCAUCGACGUUCAACAUCACCCAAUUCGGCCUAGCCCAUAUGGUCCUGAGGCUGACCCUCUUCCCCAUAUUCAGCCUCCUAGUAUUUUCACUUUACAUCAACACUAAGAGUUUCGACAAUCCGCCCGUGAACAAGCUGGGCGUGCUCUUCUUCAGCCUCUUCGGCUCGUACAUCUGUUCAUCGAUCACAACAUCCUAUACUUUUUCGGUGUUCAGGACGAGGUACUACCAAGAGGCUCAGGAGGGCAUAUAUUCGGGCCCACUCUUCCUCAUCGUCUACGACCUCUUCUCCUUGCCUUUCUCGCUCGCUACCGUGGCCGCCUCGUCCAGGAUCCUCUUCCAGGCGACAGGGAUGGUUAAGGUGGACGAAUGGAUGGCCUUCGCAGGCCUCCUUUGGACGUGCUACUUCACAGCGGAACAGCAGACGAUCGCCCUCCUGAGCGUCGUGAGGAGAAGCUUCAACGCCGCCAUCGCCUCGUCUCUCCUCUGCCUCCUCUACCUCGUCCUCGCGUCCGGCAUCCUGAGGUCUUUUGCGGGUAUGCCGGAGUGGCUCUUCUACACGUCGUACAUGACCCAGACCCAUUUCGCCUCGACCCACCUCACGAGCAUCUUCUUCGCGGAUCUGCCUUCCAACUGUACCUCGGACGCUUCCGGCUUCUUCCCCCUGGGCUGCAGAUCGGCGGAGAACGUCAUCUUCUCGUCGACGUCCAGGUCGGACGUGUUUUCUGGGCCGAGCCCUUCUCUCGCUCUCGCCGUCUCCGCUUCCAUCGCCAACCUCGUCCUUUAUAUCCUUCCACUACCCGGGUUCGUCAAAGCCAAGUUCAGAGAGUAGAAAACCCCCAUGUCAUUAUCGUUGUCCUAAUUAUUUAUUAUAUAAAAAAUAUAUUUUCUUCUAAAUCA